AAAAAUAUUGUUUUUUCCCGGUGGUGGUAGAUCUGAAUCAGAGACUUCAGAACUCAAAAGCAAAAACAGAAAAAAAAACUUCAGAUAUUGGUAAGAAGUAAGAACCCUAGCUAAGAUUCGUCCGAUUCUGAUUACUCGAAUCAAAGCAGGGUUUUUGAGACUAAAAUCCGAUCUUGUGAAGUGGGUUUUGCAUCGAAUCGGAAAAUAUGAAAGAAGGGAAAUCAUCGAAGUCGAAUCAACAAGAGCAGCAUGAACAGAUUUAUCACCAAAACAGUCACUUGGGUUCUUUCAAAUUCGCCAAAUUGUUUGAUUCUGAAGCUUCCUGGGACAAGGAUCAAUUGGGAGAUGUGUUGCAUUGGAUCAGGCAAGUAGUUGGAUUACUCUGCGGAUUGGUUUGGGGUGCGAUACCUUUGGUUGGAGGGAUAUGGCUACUUCUAUUUCUGGCAAUCUCGUCUGGCAUAGUAUACGGUUACUAUGCAUUGAUUCUAAAGAUUGAUGAAGAAGACUUUGGUGGUCAUGCAGCUCUGCUCCAGGACGGUCUAUUUGCUUCUCUAAGCUUAUUCCUGCUUGCGUGGAUUCUGGUGUAUAGCUUGUCUAGCUUCUGAUAGAGACACACUGUAUGUCUUGUGCUCCGAACAAGUUUAGCAGAACGUACCUUUCAUUGUUUCUCCAGUUUACGCUGUGCCCUUUUCUGAAGAUGGGAACUAGCAUUGGUAGAUUUUCAAAUUUUUUAUGGAACUUUUGGUUUCCUUUUGUUCUUGUUAAUUACUAUGAUUUUUAUUUUGUGUAAUGAAAACUGAUAAUAUUAUUAUACAAGGAUCUGUGUUUAGUCCAAAA